UUAACCAGAGUUGCGUUAGGCCAUCUGACUACAUCUUAGAAAGUGCUAUUUGAGGAUCACGGUAUCACUUCUUGCAGAGGUGAUCUCAUCUUGUACGGGAGCAAUCUCCGCGAGGUCAUCUAGAUUGCAGAACCUGAUCCCUAUGCCGAGAAAAAAGAGUGCUGUCCCUCAUGCCACAAGGGUUCGGGAGAAUCAGCGACGCUCACGCGCGCGUCGAAAAGAACUGAUCGAAGAUCUCCAAAAGCGGUUACGCGAAUAUGAGAAAAGGGAGAUUCAAGCAACCAUGCUUGUUCAACUGGCUGCGAGGAAGGUCGCGUGGGAAAAUACUCAGCUUCGAGGCUUGCUUGCCACAAAAGGCGUUUUCGGUGAAGAUAUAGAGCAAUUCCUUCAUGGCAAAGAACCGCCGGAACUAGCAUCUAACCACACUGUCUUCCGAGAUACGUUACAAGGCGGUUUAAAUUUUUCAGCACAUGAACGCCAAAAUAUCUCCCCUUUAAACAAUGAUAGUCCGAUAAGCCGUAUUCCCCAUCUGAACGAGGGGAUGGAUAAUAGCACCGAGCCACAUGACUCCAAUGCGAACCUGGACAUUGAAAAUGAUACUGAAAGCGAACAACACGGCUUGCUACCCCCAGUUUCAGGCUGCUCCUGUCCGGUUGCCGCAACCCAAACUUUCUCAGGCCAAGAAAACCUGAUGUUAGAGAUGUCUUGCGAAACUGCGGCCAUCAUUAUCGCUGGCAUGCGAGGACACGGGGACGAGGAACAGGCACGGUUGGAGCUUGGUUGUUCUAGAGGCAGGCAAUGCAACGUCAAGAAUAUAAAGGUUUUGCAGGUUAUGGAGAGGGAGUAA